AUGUCUGAUCCACCAUUGGACGAGUCCUUGAGAUAUCUUCGGUUAACAUCUGACGAAAAAAUUAAAUUACAAUCCCAACCAUUCGAUGCUAAAAAACAAUGUUGGGUACCUGAUGCUAAAGAAUGUUUUGUCGAAGGUAAUAUUGAAAGUACCAAAGGCGAGGAAGUUACUGUCGUCAAAGACAAGGGAGAGAAAGUAGUGGUGAAGAAAGAUGACAUCCAGCAGAUGAAUCCACCAAAAUUUGAAAUGUACGAUGAUAUGGCUAAUUUAACCUAUCUCAAUGAUGCCAGUGUAUUGCAUAAUCUACGUACACGUUACAAAAAUUGGCUGAUAUAUACCUAUUCGGGCUUAUUUUGCGUCGUCAUCAACCCGUUUAAACGUUUACCUAUUUACACAAUGCCAGUUGUAAUGAUGUACCGUGGAAAAAAGCCGAAUGAAGUGCCACCGCAUUUGUAUGCAGUUUCAGAUAAUGCGUAUGCUAAUAUGUUGAGAGAUCGUGAAAAUCAAUCAAUGUUGAUCACAGGUGAAUCGGGUGCGGGUAAAACGGAGAAUACAAAAAAAGUUAUUCAGUAUUUCGCAUUGGUCGCAGCAGCAUCAGAAAAACCAGCUACUGGUGAUGACACGGGUAAAUUUAUUCGUAUACACUUUGGUAGCGCUGGUAAAAUCGCUGGUUGCGAUAUUGAAGUGUAUCUAUUAGAAAAAUCUCGUGUCAUAUUUCAACAACCAUUAGAAAGAAAUUACCAUAUUUUUUAUCAAUUAUGUUCGACUGGUGCGGCUGAUAGAUAUCACAGCAAAUUAACGAUCGAUGGUGUUGAUGAUGCUGAAGAAUGGAAAUUAACUGACGAGGCAUUUGACAUUCUUGGUUUCACUCAAGAUGAAAAGCUCAAUUUGUUCAAAUGUACUGCUGCCAUUAUGCAUUUUGGUAAUACUACAUGGAAACAGCGACCACGUGAAGAGCAAGCUGAAGCUGAUGGUACUGAAGAUUGUGAUAAAGUCGCUCAUUUACUCAUGAUUGAUGGCGCAGAUUUAAUCAAAGGUCUGCUGAAACCACGUAUUAAGGUCGGUACUGAAUAUGUUAACAAAGGUCAAAACAAAGAUCAAGUUGUCAACUCAAUUGGUGCUCUAUCAAAAUCGAUCUAUUCGCGCAUGUUCAAUUGGCUCGUCGAACGUGUCAACGUGACGUUAGAUGUCAAAGCAAAACGACAAUAUUUUAUUGGUGUUUUGGAUAUUGCUGGAUUUGAAAUUUUUGAACCAAUGGGUAUUUUAUCCAUUCUCGAAGAAGAAUGUAUCGUGCCCAAAGCCAGUGACAAGACAUUUGUUGAAAAAUUGUACACAAAUCAUUUGGGUAAACAUCCACAAUUUGGUAAACCAAAACCGUCUAAAGGUAAACCUGAAGCAAAUUUUGAGGUGCAUCACUACGCUGGCUCGGUAGCAUAUACGGCAACCAGUUGGUUGGAGAAGAAUAAGGAUCCAAUUAACACCACAGUCGCUGCUCUAUUUUCAAAAUCGAAGAAUCCAAUGCUAAGCCAUCUCUAUGCCGACGUGGCUGCUGAAGAAGACGAUAAAGGUGGAAAAGGUGGCGGUGGAAAAUCAAAAAAAGGUGGCAGUAUGCAAACAAUUUCAGCUACACAUAGAGAACAAUUGAAUAAAUUGAUGACAACAUUAAAACAGACACAUCCACACUUUGUGCGUUGUAUCAUACCGAAUGAAAUUAAAACAGGAGGUGUUCUCGAUUCUCAUUUGGUCUUACAUCAGCUUCAGUGUAAUGGUGUGCUUGAAGGCAUUCGUAUUUGUCGUCUUGGUCUACCGAAUCGUAUGAUAUAUCAAGAGUUUAAGCAACGUUACUCUAUUCUCGCUCCGAAUGCCAUUCCAAAAGGCUUUGUUGAUGCGAAAAAGGCAUCCACUGACAUCCUGAAAGAAAUAGCUCUCAAUGAGGAACAAUAUCGUCUUGGUACAACGAAAGUUUUUUUCAAAGCCGGUGUUCUCGGUUCGCUUGAAGAUAUGCGUGAUACAGCAUUGAGUGUUAUUAUUUCCAAAUUACAAUCACAAGCACGUGGUUAUGUCAUGCGUAAAGAAUACAAGAAAAUGUUGGAACAACGUACCGCUCUUCAAGUAGUCCAACGAAACAUCAAGAAAUAUUUGGCAUUUCGCAAUUGGGGCUGGUGGAUAUUGUUUACCAAAAUUAAACCAUUGUUGUCCGUGGCGAGACAAGAAGAAGAAUUGAAAAAGAUGGAAGAAGAGUUUGGAGCAUUAAAAGAGAACUUGGCCAAAGAAGAAAAAUUGAGAAAAGAAAUGGAGGAUAACAAUGCUAAACUAGUCAAAGAGAAAAAUGAUUUGUAUGCUCAACUGGAAUCAGAACGUUCUCAAACAUCAGGUGUUGAAGAAAAAUUGACACGUUUAGUUACACAAAAAGCCGAUUUAGAACAACAAGUGAAAGACUUGGAAGAACGUUUUCAUGAUGAAGAACAAGCGGGACAAGAAAUAAAUAAUAAACGGAAAAAAUUGGAACAUGAUAUCGAUGGUUUGAAAAAAGAUAUUGAUGAUCUGAGAUUAAAUUUACAAAAAUCAGAAAACGAAUGUAAAACACGUGAAAAUCGUAUAAAUAUUCUACAAGACGAAAUUGCUCAACAAGACGAAUCAUUAGCCAAAUUGACACGCGAGAAAAAGAGACUGGAAGAACAAAAUACAAAAACGACAGAACAAUUACAAGCAGAAGAAGAUAAAGUGAAUCAUUUGAACAAAUUGAAGACGAAAUUAGAACAGACGUUAGACGAAUUGGAAGACUCUUUGGAACGAGAAAAGAAAGGACGUGCCGAUUUGGACAAAUCGAAACGAAAAUUAGAAACUGAUUUGAAAGCAACGCAAUCUAAUCUGGAAGAAAUAGAACGAGUUAAACGAGAGUUGGAAGAAAAUGUGAAACGAAAAGAUCAAGAAAUCGGACAGAUGGGGGGAAAAUUGGAGGAUGAACAAGGACAAGCUAGCGGUCUUCAGAAAAAGAUCAAAGAAUUACAAGGAAGAAUUCAAGAAAUGGAAGAAGAAAUUGAAACAGAGAGACAGUCGAAAUUAAAAACAGAGAAACAACGAGCAGAUUUAGCACGUGAAAUAGAUGAAAUGAAUGAUCGUUUAGAGGAAGCUGGUGGUGCAACAUCGAGUCAAGUGGAAAUGAACAAGAAACGCGAAGGAGAAUUAGCGAAGUUGAGACGAGAUCUGGAAGAGGCCAACCUUCAACAUGAAGCAACAGCUGCUCAGUUGAGAAAGAAACAUCAAGAUGCCGUCAACGAAAUGGGAGAACAAAUUGAUCAGUUACAGAAAUUAAAAAAUAAAUUAGAAAAAGAAAAACAAGGUGUAAAAUCUGAACUUGACGAUUUCCGUACACAAAUCGAACAUGUGACAAAAGGUCGUCAAGCCGCUGAAAAACUAUCAAAACAAUUAGAACAACAGUUGUCAGAACUUCAAAUCAAACUCGACGAUAAUGUUAAACAAAUAGGUGAUUUUACUCAUCAAAAAUCCAAACUUCAACAAGAAAAUUCAGAUUUAGCCAAACAGCUCGAGGAUGUUGAACAUCAAAUAGCUGUUUUAACAAAAGCUAAAGUAACAGCUCAACAACAAGCUGAUGAAGCGAAACGUGCACUUGAGGAAGAAUCACGAUCAAAAAAUUCAAUGACCUCACAACUUCGUAAUCUAACAGCCGACUUAGAUCAAGCACGCGAACAGUUGGAUGAAGAACAAGAGGCAAAAGUUGAAUUGCAGCGACAGUUGACAAAACUGACGUCAGAAAAUCAACAAUGGCGAGCGAGAUUUGAAUCAGAAGGCAUGACACGUGGAGAAGAAUUGGAAGAAGCUAAACGAAAAUUAGCAGCGAAAUUAUCCGAAGCAGAAGAACAGGUUGAAGGCGCAAUAUCAAAAUGUAACGCAUUAGAAAAAGCGAAGGCUCGUCUUCAGGGCGAAGUUGAAGACUUAAUGAUCGAUGUUGAACGAGCAAAUUCUAAUGCAUCAGCCAUGGAUAAAAAACAAAAACAAUUCGAUAAAUUAAUUAAUGAAUGGAAACAAAAAUGUCAGGACAUCACCAUUGAACUCGAACAAUCCCAGAAAGAAGCACGUCAAUACUCCACCGAAUUAUUCAAAUUGAAAACACAAUAUGAAGAAUCACAUGAACAAAUCGAAGCAUUGAGAAAAGAGAACAAAAAUCUAGCCGAUGAAAUUAAAGAUUUGAUUGAUCAACUUAGUGAGGGUGGAAAAUCAACACAUGAAUUAGAUAAACAACGAAAACGUCUCGAGAUGGAAAAGGAAGAAAUGCAAGCGGCGUUGGAAGAAGCCGAAUCAGCUCUUGAACAAGAAGAAGCCAAAAUUUUACGUGCCCAAAUGGAAUUGUCUACAGUGAGACAAGAUAUCGAUCGACGUUUACACGAGAAAGAAGAAGAAUUCGAAAAUACAAGACGUAAUCAUCAACGUGCAUUGGACUCGAUGCAAGCUAGCCUAGAAGCUGAAACACGUGCAAAAGCCGAAGCAUUGAAACAAAAGAAAAAAUUAGAAUCAGACAUAAAUGAACUAGAAGUUGCAUUGGAUCAUUCAAAUCGAACGAACGCUGAUCUACAAAAAUCAGUGAAAAAAAUCCAACAAUCCCUGACGGACUUACAAACUCAACUCGAAGAAGAACAGAGACUACGCGAUGAGGCAAGAGAAGCAGCAAUGUCGGCUGAACGUCGUAUCAAUUUGAUUGCUGGUGAACUUGAAGAACUUCGAACGGCCCUGGAACAAGCUGAACGAGGACGAAAAUUGGCCGAAAAUGAAUUGCAUGAGGCAGCCGAUCGCAUUUCGGAUUUGAGUACGCAAAAUGCUAAUAUAUCCUCACAACGCAGACAGUUGGAAUCAACAGUGGCUGCUAUGCAAGCCGAUUUAGAUGAAGCUGUAGCCGAACUAAAGAAUAGCGAAGAACGCUCGAAGAAAGCGAUUGCUGAUGCCAGCCGUUUGGCCGAAGAAUUACGUCAAGAACAAGAUCACGCUCUACAAGUUGAACGUCUAAGGAAAGGUCUUGAACAACAAAUCAAAGAUCUUCAAACACGAUUAGACGAGGCAGAAGGCAACUCAAUGAAAGGUGGAAAACGAAUCAUUGCUAAACUUGAACAACGGAUUCAUGAAGUUGAAGGAGAACUUGAGAUGGAGCAACAUCGUCAACAGGAAACGCUCAAAGAAUUGCGUAAAAACGAUCAUCGUUUGAAAGAAAUAACCUUUCAAACAGAAGAAGAGCGAAAACAACACCAUCGAUUAAACGAUUUGAAUGAAAAAUUACAACAAAAAUUAAAGGUUUACAAACGUCAAUGUGAAGAAGCAGAAGAAAUUGCUGCUUUGAAUCUUGCCAAAUAUCGUAAAGUUCAAACGGAAUUAGAAGAGUCGUCAGAACGAGCUGAUGUUGCUGAAAAUCAAUUAUUAAAAUUACGUGGCAAAAACCGAUCAAGUGUGUCUGCUCAACGAUCAUCAACGCCAACGCGUGAAAGUGUUCGUGCAUCAUCUGUCAUUCGACCUCGUUAG